AUGGAUUCCAACGAUAUAUUAGAUGACAAAGAUAAUGGGCCUGAGGUCCAGAUAAACUUCCCGAGCUCCGUAAUGAGCAGAAUUGAAGAAAUGAUGGGUGGUACUGAGCAGUUCGAUAGCGCUGAAUUUGAUGCAGUUGCAUACAUAAACCGAGUCUUUCCUACGGAACAGUCACUAUCUGGUGUGGAGAGUGCCGCCUCGAGAUGUGAAUUCCACUUGGCAGGUGUAGAGCACGACAUUAGGAGACUAGUGAGAGCACAGGCAGAGCAGAGGGAAGCUGGACAAAAUGCAUUACUUGAGGCUCAGAGAUGUAUUGCUGAGUUAGCACUCCAAGUAGCAGAUAUAAACAAGAAAGCAGAACGUUCAGAGAGCAUGGUCCGUGAGAUAACCUCGGAGAUAAAGCAGUUGGACUGCGCCAAGUCGAACCUGACUGCGGCCAUCACAGCGCUCAACCACUUGCAUAUGCUGGUGGGUGGCGUAGACAAGUUGAGGACGAUGACGCGGAAUAGGCAGUACAAGGAGAUUGUUCUACCAAUGCAAGCCAUCAUGGAGGUACUGCAUCACUUCGAAUGUUACCGCGAGAUCCGCGAGCUGAGCUCUCUCCGGGACCAGGUGCACGCCAUCCGCACAGAUCUGGCGUCUCAGAUACGCGCCGAUUUCAAGGACGCUUUCACUACUGGUAGCAAGAGUACGAUCUCCCACCGGACUUUGUCAGAAGCAUGCGGUGUGGUGGACAUCCUGGAGCCGAAGGUGAAGCAGGAACUAUUAAAGUGGUUCAUUAAUGUGCAGCUGCAGGAGUACCAGCACCUAUUCUCCCCGGAGCAGGAGUGUGCAUGGAUCUCGUUCGUGGAGCGGCGCUACGCGUGGCUUAAGCGGCACCUGCUCGCUUUCGAGGAGUCCCUCGGGAACGUGUUCCCUCACACCUGGAAGCUCAGCGAGGCCAUCACUCAACAAUUUUGUAAGAUGACGAAGACUGAGUUGAGCAACAUAAUGGCAUCCCGCCGCAACGAAGUGGACGUGAAGCUCCUCUUGUAUGCCAUACAGAAGACUUACAACUUUGAGCUGUUGCUGCACAAGAGAUUCAUAGAAGUACCGGGGGCGAGUACGCGACGGCGUGCUCAGGGCGUGCUGCCGCGCGCCGCCGCGCCCCCGCGCUGCCCCUGGGCGUGCCCCGCUCGUCACCAACCGCACACGCUGCUGCGGGACGACGGCGGCGGGAGCGACGCCAGGUACUCAUCGAACAUUACUCAGAUCCGCCGCGCUGUCGCUGGGCGUGCCGCGCCUCGUCACCACCUGCACACGCUGCUGCGGGACGACGGCGGCGGGAGCGACGCCAGUACUCAUCGAACAUUACUCAGAUCCGCCGCGCUGGUCGCUGGGCGUGUGCCCGCGCUCGUCACCAACCUGCACACGCUGCUGCGGGACGACGGCGGCGGGAGCGACGCCAGGUACUCAUCGAACAUUACUCAGAUCCGCCGCGCUGUCGCUGGGCGUGCCCGCGCUCGUCACCAACCUGCACACGCUGCUGCGGGACGACGGCGGCGGGAGCGACGCCAGGUACUCAUCGAACAUUACUCAGAUCCGCCCGCGCUGUCGCUGGGCGUGCCCGCGCUCGUCACCAACCUGCACACGCUGCUGCGGGACGACGGCGGCGGGAGCGACGCCAGGUACUCAAUCGAACAUUACUCAGAUCCGCCGCGCUGUUCGCUGGGCGUGCCCGCGCUCGUCACCAACCUGCACACGCUGCUGCGGGACGACGGCGGCGGGAGCGACGCCAGGUACUCAUCGAACAUUACUCAGAUCCGCCGCGCUGUCGCUGGCGUGCCCGCGCUCGUCACCAACCUGCACACGCUGCUGCGGGACGACGGCGGCGGGACCGACGCCAGGUACUCCAUCGAACAUUACUCAGAUCCGCCGCGCUGUCGCUGGGCGUGCCCGCGCUCGUCACCAACCUGCACACGCUGCUGCGGGACGACGGCGGCGGGAGCGACGCCAGGUACUCAUCGAACAUUACUCAGAUCCGCCGCGCUGUCGCUGGCGUGCCCGCGCUCGUCACCAACCUGCACACGCUGCUGCGGGACGACGGCGGCGGGAGCGACGCCAGGUAAUCAUCGAACAUUACUCAGAUCCGCCGCGCUGUCGCUGGGCGUGCCCGCGCUCGUCACCAACCUGCACACGCUGCUGCGGGACGACGGCGGCGGGAGCGACGCCAGGUACUCAUCGAACAUUACUCAAUCCGCCGCGCUGUCGCUGGCGUGCCCGCGCUCGUCACCACCUGCACACGCUGCUGCGGGACGACCGGCGGCGGGAGCGACGCCAGGUACUCAUCGAACAUUACUCAGAUUCAGCCGCGCUGUCGCUGGGCGUGCCGCGCUCGUCCCCAAAAACCUGCACAGCUGCUGGGGGACGAGGGCGGGGGGAGCGCGCCGGGUACUCUCGAACUUAUCAGAUCCCCCGGCCCUGUCGGGGGCGGCCCCGCUCGUCACAACCUGCCCCCGCUCUGCGGGACGACGGCGGCGGGAGCACGCCAGGUACUCAUCGAACAUUACUCAGAUCCGCCGCGCUGUCGCUGGCGUGCCCGCGCUCGUCACCAACCUGCACACGCUGCUGCGGGAACGACGGCGGGCGGGAGCGACGCCAGGUACUCAUCGAACAUUACUCAGAUCCGCCGCGCUGUCGCUGGGCGUGCCCGCGCUCGUCACCAACCUGCACACGCUUGCUGCGGGACGACGGCGGCGGGAGCGGACGCCAGGUACUCAUCGAACAUUACUCAGAUCCGCCGCGCUGUCGCUGGGCGUGCCCGCGCUCGUCACCAACCAUGCACACGCUGCUGCGGGACGACGGCGGCGGGGAGCGACGCCAGGUACUCAUCGAACAUUACUCAGAUCCGCCGCGCUGUCGCUGGGCGUGCCCGCGCUCGUCACCAACCUGCACACGCUGCUGCGGGACGACGGCGGCGGGAGCGACGCCAGGUACUCAUCGAACAUUACUCAGAUCCGCCGCGCUGUCGCUGGGGCGUGGCCCGCGCUCGUCACAAACCUGCACACGCUGCUGCGGGACGACGGCGGGCGGGAGCGACGCCAGUGUACUCAUCGAACAUUACUCAGAUCCGCCGCGCUGUCGCUGGGCGUGCCCGCGCUCGUCACCAACCUGCACACGCUGCUGCGGGACGACGGCGGCGGGAGCGACGCCAGGUACUCAUCGAACAUUACUCAGAUCCGCCGCGCUGUCGCUGGGCGUGCCCGCGCUCGUCACCAACCUGCACACGCUGCUGCGGGACGACGGCGGCCGGAGCGACGCCAGGGUCGGAGGUUCGACGCCCGGGCCCCAGCCACAUCCACCAAAGUCGUAAUAAAAUUAAUGACGAAAGCUGAAAUGAUUUUGAAAUUGGUAAUUGGCACCAUUAGAUGGGAAUUUGGAAGGUUUCGUGUCACAGUUCGUCCAGCUGCUCCGGAAUGUACUUUGGCUGAGUUUCAUAAAGUGCUGGAUAUGAAAGGUGCUAAGCUGUCGAAGGCUCAACAGAGUUCUACGGAUGCGUUGUUUUAA